CUCACAAAAACCACGCUUGAGUACUGUUUGGCACUUAACCCUGACCAUCCACUGAUCUACGCUUUCUAUCGCUGCUCUAGAUGACUGCAUGUUCUCUAGAAAAAUCGACACUCAAUGGGAGACUCUCCGUGGUUUUCGGUACUCGAAUUCAUGCAAAAGUUGCAGAAAAGCUGGAAAAUAACAUCCUUUGUCGCAUAGCCAAACCCCACUCGCCGGUAAAUUCUGCCUGGCCGAACCAGUGCUUCAUCGAGCUUCUCGGGAUGGUUGGUGGUCAUGACAAGUAGCUGGCCCUCUACCGAACUGACCCCAUGGAUUGCAUUCAAAAGCCCGGUCAACGUGAGACUGCCUCCUGCACCUCCGGCUUUGACACCUCCUCGACUAAGGCCGUCAUGGUCAUUCGAUUAUGGCAAGCGCCGCUGCGCAGCCUUGUUGGCAUCGACAUCCUCCAAGAGCACGAUACAACGACCUGGAAGAUCGUCGAAGAGCUUGCUGAGCUGACCAUCAUCCACACUGCUGGCGAGAUUCAGCUUGUAUACAUCGAGGCCGAAGUGGCUCACGAGGGCCAACACAGCACUUGUUUUGCACGUUCCAGGGGGUCCAUGAAGCAGAUAACCCCGGCGGUACGGUACAUCUCCUUCCAGAUAACGGGGACUUCUUCAUCGAAACCGUCGAAUUUUUCGAGUCUUCGUCUUCUGCCAGCCUCCAUCUCGAUUCUCAAAGAUGAGAGUCUUUUGCUCAAUCUGCUUUAGGUACUCGGCCCGACAUGCAUGGAAUAGCUCUCACAAUGGCUGUUGAGAUCGACCGAAGCAGGACAGGUAUAUCAACUGUCGAUUACCCCAAAAAAAUUUCCUGCUCUUUCACCGUUUGAUAAGGGAACCAUCGGCCUUGGUGCCGAAACCAAUGCUUGCCCUCCCCAAAUGGAGAAUCGUAGAGGCUUCUUCCGAACGGUAGUGGCAAAUUCGUUGCCAUAAUAGUCAUCCCUUUGGCCAACGAGAACCCGUGAAAGAACGAG